GGAGCACCAAAACCACCAGCAGCCGGACCUCCAGCAGCAUGGACAGGAGGAGCACGGCGGGGUGGUAGAAGUAGACACAACUGCAAGCAAGGUGGAGGACCACGGGUUCUUGCAAAAAAUGUUGGAACCUAUUGUAAGACAGGAUGAACAGACGAGGAACUUGUGCAGCACGAAUCCCAUAAUUUUUCCCAACUCAGGCACCAUUGCUCAGCAAGGUCAAGGUCAAGAAGACGAAACAUCAUUUAGCCGCUCCUCGACGAGCACUUCUGCAGUAGGAACUCUUUCGACGGCGCAACCGCAAGUAAAAGUAUCACACUCGUCUACCGCAACACGACCACCGGCCGAUGAGAACAGAUUUUACAGCGAAAGUAGUUGUCUUUAUGAUUUCAAGCAGCAGCAGCAGUCUGUGACUUCUGCGGUCAGCACACCUGCUUCUGCCGGUGCAAGAACUUUGACAUCCAGCUCCAAUACAACUAUCCCACCAGCAGCACCGGCUGCGGCUAACACGCAAAGUAAUUCCGGACGACGACCUCCACGAUGUUGGAGGGACAAGGUCAGUGUGCGCAAGCUCCAGCUAGAACUGUGGGGCGACUACGAAGUGGCCGCCGAGACUUCGUCUUCGUCUUCUUGGCCCGGCGCACCAGCUCCUGGGGCUCCGACUCGAACAUGUAUUGAAUCGAACGGCCGCGACUCUGCACGUGCACCACCAGAACAAACACAGCUGGCUGAUGAUGCGACUAACGCCGAUGAAGGAAUAUCAUCUUCUACGAGCAGUUGUACUAGGAAAAACAUCAAAAAAGUUUUCGUGGUCGGGAAAAAUUGCGGACAAGCAAACAAUGAUUUUUGCGGAGAACAAAAUGUUGGUAGUUCUCAAGGUGGUCACCGCACAAGGAAUUGCUCCGGCGAGCAAGAAGAACAAGGUAGCGCUGCUCGUCCUCGAGCUGCUACUCCUAACUGUCCAACGAGGAGAACUGCCCUGGAGGUCGUCCACUCACAACCCUCUUCGUCGCUUCUCACUUUCUCUUUACGCGGACCCCUGGCAGGAGCAGGAGGUGCGAAAGUAA